CCUCGCAAAAUUAACUCGACUUAAACAAGUUCUGAUUACACAAUAUCAGCAAAAUAUAAUAUGAAAUAUUCAUUGCGAAAUUUUAAUUACAUUUGAAACUAGCAUAAGAUCUAUAUCUUUUGAAGUGUAUGAGAGCUCAAUGUGUAAAUGAUGACUUUCAUAACCGCACUUGUAUUCAGGCUUACUGGGCGAUGAAAGUCAUAGCUUAAACCAAUAGGGAUUGUUUAUGAAUAGAUUUCAGAAACAACGAUCAACUUCAGAAGAUUUCCAUUUUUACGUCCGCGUCUUAAAACAAACCCAGAUAUUUAGUACAGUAUAUCAUAUUUAAAUAGUUUCUGUUUUAUGCCAAAAUGAGUGUUUCCAUUCGGAUAAGUGUUAUACCAUUUAUUAGUUUCUUAAUUUCACAAGUUUUUCUUGGCGCUACUCAAAGCGUCAAUCUAGGGUAUUUAUCGUUGGAUCGACCAACUUUUGUCGGAAGGGAUGUUGUUCUGUAUUUGGAGUUGUCCAUCCAGCUGGAUAUGAUAGAUAUUCGGCAACUGCACGUGUAUUUAAGAUUGGAAAAUGAACCCGAGAAAAACUGGAAUGAUUUUCGAGCGUUUGUUGUUGGUAAAAAUACAAUGAUGAUUGAAUUGGUUAAACUUCAUCAGAAGUGGAAAAUGGCGACUGUGCUGCUAGACUACAGGUCAAGUAGGACAAACACGAUCACAAUUGGAAUACAAGAUUUUCCAAAUGCCUGUGGCUAUUUGUAUCGAUUGUCAACGUCAUUUGCACCUGAGAAAGUCGUCGAGCUGGCCUACUAUCCUACUCAAGAUGCCAUAAAUCACCCUGAUAUAUAUUACCGUGGCUGGAGAAAAAAAGCGGGGGAAAUUAUUAAUUUAGAAAACGGCUUUUAUGAAGAAAGACGAGAUGGUCCGAACACGAAAUAUAUUCUAUCAAUCUACAAUUUUACAGAUUUUGAUACUUUCUAUCUGGAAUGUGUCAGGAAGAACUCGAUAUUCAAAACACAUGAUGUUAAUCUUGCAGUUGGACGCCCUCGACUAGGUCCGCUCUGUAAAGUAGGACAUUGCAAGGAAUGCGUGUGCGUUCGAUCUGGUGACCCAGUGACCUGCACAACCACCUCCCCGGAUGUUCACGUCAUGAUAGACAAGGAGAGCGUUCGUCUGCAACCACCACGUCAGGAUGGCAACAUUUUUACAUUCACAAUCGAUACUUUUACAGCUGAUUCGUCCUUCCACAGGAAGACAAUACAGUGUGUCGCUGAAACAAAUUUCACUUCCAAUGAGAUAUAUAAAACUGAAAUGUUCGUAAUAGAUCGUCCAUUACUUGGUCCACUCUGCACGUGGGAUACAUGCAUAAACUGUAUAUGUGUCUUCCCGGGGGAUUCCAUCACUUGCACAGCUGUGACUUCAGACGUUCAUAUGACAAUUAACAAUGCCAACACGAUCCUUCUGUCUUCCAAGCUGAAUGAAACCACUUAUACUUUUGAGACGAUGAACUUUACAAUUGACAAAUCUUACCACUGGACCAAAGUUGAAUGUUGGUACACAAUAAAUGAAAUAAAUGAGGACACACAUACAAGCGCCAAUCUGAUCGUCUUUGCCCGCCCUCUGCUACUCCCACCAUGUCCUCCAGGCACGUGUACGGACUGUGUAUGUAUCAGCCCUGGGGAAUCCAUCACAUGUAUAUCAUCAACCCCCUCAGUGAAGAUGAAAGUUGAUCAAAUCGACGCCAGCGUUAAAUUAAAAGAGACCAACAAAAGCGUUUACAUUUUUGAAUCCGAAAAUGUUACGGUAGAUUGGGAUUGCAACAAUAAGACAGUUGAAUGUAUUUCCAGUAUAAACAGCACGAAUACGGCUGUAAUAAAGGUCACUAUUUAUAUAACAGCCCCUCCACAGCUUGGGUCGCUAUGUUCAGUACACAGCUGCAAAGAAUGUGUGUGCGUCAAAGUCGGUGACCACGUGACGUGUUCGGCGUAUACGCCAGAUGUCAAACUCACGGUCGACGGCACACUGUUAGGCCUGCAGUUACAAUAUUCAAACGGAACCUGGUUUACAUACGUGUCUGUGGACGCGAUGGAUGAGUCUUAUAACGGGAAGACAAUUGAAUGCAUUUCUAACAUGAAUACAAUAAACGAAAACACAUCAGCAAUUUCAAAGAUAUUCGUACUCGAAUUACCUAGUAGUGCACACGUUGGUUGGUUCACACUUUAUCUUCUUCUUGGAACAGGGAUCGUUUUAAGUGUCUCUUUAGUUGUCCUGUGUCGGGGAAGGAUUGCGAAACACUUGAACAUUCGCAAUUGGUUUGCAGCUGUGUCGGAAAACAAUAUAUAUAGGUGUCGGUUCACCAGAACCAGAAGACAUGAGCUCAUCCCUCGACAGCGGAAUCGACCAAUAUGCGCAAUAGAAGUGAUAGCGGACGCAUCUGAUUUUGACGAUCCGGAUUAUGUAAAAAUAGCCGAUGGUUUCAUACAUACAAGUACCGAUCAGACUGACUUCUGUGACUCCGGCCGUUAUGAAAGACUGCGCAUGUCAAGAAUGGAGGCCGCGUCAUACCUUGACUGUGAUGAUGUCGUGGACAACAUGAUUUAGAAAGAGGAGACAAAGUUUACAUCCAACAUGUAACUUUUCUAGCACAUCAAAACGGGUUGAUCGCUGACGUGUUUGUAAUGUUCAUCUAAAUAUAUAAUUAUAACAUUCGUUAUACCAUUCUUUUUGUUGCAAAAUUGUGUAUAUGUAGUUAUAAGGUGUUUCAUUGUUCGUUGGCGAUCGUAAUUUAUCAGUAUAACUACCCUCUCCAUCCUCACAACGAAGUUGUAUUGGAAGGUGUGUAUCCUUGCUUUGAUAGUGGUAUAGUUGUUACCCUUAUUUGUAUACAUGUAUUUAUUUUUUGUCCAGAGCAUAUCUAAAAUUAUAUGAAGAUGAUAAAAUUAAAUUUAAAUAAGUAGAUAGAUGUCAUUGAGAAACAGUGCAAUGAACAAGAACUAUACAUGUUUUCUAUUGCUGCAAUAAGUUGAGAGUUAUGGUCCCUUGUUAAUUUUGUUUACUUGAGCCAUCAUGUGUAGAUAAAUCUCAACGAGGGAAUUUAGGGAAUAUCAAAUUCUCAACAACCAUAAAUCUUGUUCCCAAGUUUUGAGUUUUUGUCCUUUCUAAAUAUGUGUACUUAAAUUUUGUUCGGAGCAUAUGCUGAAAAUUGUAAAAGGUUUUGUCUUGAAGAAUUUAUAUAUCACAACUAGAUCUCAUAGAUGGUAUGUGCAGUGCACAAAAACCAUUACCCUGCUACCAUAUGCUAGGGUUAUUGCCUGUUUGUUCCUUUUUGUAAAAAACGUUCUGCAGCAUAUCUUAAACACUAUAACAGGUAUUGCAAGGAUCCUUAAUAUGAAGAAGAUGACAUGUAGGAUAUGUUCAGUAAGAUAGAACCAUAACGAUUGCCCAUUUUUAGAGUUAUGGCAUAUUGUAUUUUUAUUUUUUAUUUUAAUCAUAAAUGAAAUAUUUCUUACCAACUAUAAGAGGUAUCAAUUUGAAACGUAAAUGUUAGUAUAUCUUUUUAAGGAGAUGUGCCCUUCACUAGAGAUAUAAUUCUUGCUCCCAUACUUUUACAGUUAUUGACUUUUGUUUAUUUGAUGCGUUUAAAUUUUGAAUAGCAUAUCUUGCAAACUGAACGAGGUAUCAACGUUAAGUUAGAUAGAUAUAUAUCAAUGAUGAUACGUUCAGUGCUCAAGAACUCUUAUUCAUGCUUUCAUAAUUUCUCAGUUAUUGUCCUUGUGAAUUUGCGUGCUGAAAUGUUUUUAAAGUCUCGACUAUUACAUGACGUAUAAAGAUUAAAUUGUAUAGGUACGAAUUUUGCUUGUAUCGAGUAUAGUUCUUACAAUAAACUGUCUGUGCCUUCUGAUGAAGCGGAAUGCGAGGAAGUAGGAAUGACAGUAAUGAUUUUGAUUUUAUAUUUCCGCAAUGUUUUAUUUAGGUCUAAAAUAGUGUUGUUGUUUUUUUUUAGAUACGUUUACAGUUUAAGUGGCCAACACUUAUGUGCAAUGCCACACUUAAAACUUAUUGCAAAUGUUUGAAAAGCCGGAAUUAUAAUAAGAUGAUUAUAAAUAUCAGUUUUGUUUCUUUGGGUAUGCCUUUGGGUAUAAUUGAAUCUCAUUUAAAAGCUACAAUGCUAUGUAAAUAAUGUUCUUUCGUUAUGUUUUGUACAUUAAAUUAUAUUUUGCAUUCGCGCGUGUAAGUCUUGAGUCAAAUCGUCAGUAUUGCAAUAGCAAAAAAACUCCGUGUUUGCUUCAUAUUUUCGAUAGUGAUAGGAGGUUACAAUAUGAUUAUUAACUUAUUUUUCCUCAUGACUGGAAACACAUGACCUCUGCAAGUCCGUGAAAUAAAAUAAAGACUAAGAUCAAUAAGAAAAGACUUCUGUUCAUCGUUUCUUUUUCAAAACUUCAAAGUAUCGGAAAAGAUUUUAUAUUUAAACGUGACAUAAUUAUGCCCAAUGACAAGACACUUAAUUAUUGCUUUUACUACGCUUCUUUCUCAAACUUAAGUUGGUGGUGCACACAAUGAGUCUAUCGUAAUUUCAGAUCAUCGAGCGCAUGGUUAAUUCUCGUCCAUGAAAUGUCAAGGUCCGGUUUCAAAGGGAUUUUUUUAAAGGACAAAAGAAAAGUUACCUUUCGUAUUUGUGAUUCUUAAUUCUGAAAACGUAAUAUUUAUAAUCAAUAAACAAUCAUUUUGAAAA